AUGUCCGCGGAAACCUCUCCUCUCCUCACUCGUAGUCUCGUAGUCCUAGAUAUAAGCGAGGAAACAGCCCGCGCAACACUCCGAGACCGUGCACGCGCCCUUUCCUCAUUCGCUUCUCGCUACAUCGGUUCCACUCCCAAACCGGAGGCCACUCUCUCCGAUACCCGCUCCACCUCCUCUUCUAAAACAAAUCUACUCGCCAUCUCACGUAUACAUGAAGUGGAAGAAGAUAUCUGGUCACCAAAGUAUGGGCUAAAAGGAAAGUUGGACGUAACCGUCGAAGCAGUGAUAACCGAGUCUAGCUCACCACCUGGCCGACCGGGCAUGGCUGGUAAACCCGGAUUCUUUGGAAAAGGCACUCUGCCCAGCAUGCUAGGAAACGGCAUAGGUCCCACAACCUCUGGUCCUCGCCCAUUCGAAAUCAAAACAGGCCGCUCGAUGGGUGGAAUGGAGCACCGUGCUCAAACGAUGCUCUACACCCUCCUCGCCAGCGAACGCUACGGCGUCGAAGUUGACAAAGGGCUCCUCUUCUACACUCAAAAGGAUACAGGCGAAAUCGUCCAGGUUCCAAGAGGCCGCAACGAAAUCCGUGGGCUCCUCAUCAUGCGAAACGAACUCGCAAACUGGAUGAUGGUCCGUAUGCGCGACAGCGCAACCGAUCCCGCCCAACUCCCUGCUCCAGAUGACAGCAUGCAAGUGGACACAGACAUCGCCUGUGGCACAGCAGAACCAGACCUCGAAGAAGCAUUCCUCCCUCCUCCAAUCGAUUCCGAUCAUACCUGUAAACGAUGCUACGUCCUUGACGCAUGUACAUUAUACCGAUUCGCCCUUUCUACUCCAUCCCCAUCUUCCACGUCUUCCAAAUCUCUGAUCCCAACACCCACUUUCAAAGCACUCGAAUCCCCACCGCCCUCCUCCACACAUUCCACCCUCUCCACUACUUACGCCAUGAAGACCUCCCACCUCAACCCCUCUCAUGCCCUGUUCUUCAGGACCUGGGAACGUCUCCUCUCGCUCGAAGAGAAAGAUCUCGUCCGGUACAAGAGCGAGCUAUGGCGUGUCGGUGCAGUAGAGCGGGAGAAACGAGGGCGGUGUCUGAGCGGCAUGGUCAUGAAGCAAGAUCUGAAGCACCCAAAUUCUGGGGCGACCUCGACCUCUCAGAGCGCAACAGUCGGCGAGUUGGACCUCCACUCGGAGAACGACGCGAACCAAGUAACAGGUAGUCGGAUCCACAAAUUCACGUACACCUUUACCCGAGCCAAGUCGUUCGUCUUUCCCUCCUCCCAGCCUUCCUCGCAGUUCUUCCCUUUCUCCACCUCCCAACCUUCUUCCCAACCUGCGUCGCAACACCCAUCGCAAACGCCACCCCCGACCCUCCUUCAUACCCACCUGUCCCCCGGCGACGCAAUCACGAUCUCAAUCGAGCCCUACCUCCUCGCUCUCGUCCAAGGGUACAUCCUCUCUCUCACCGCGGAUGAGAUAACCGUCGGCGUGGACCACGUACUCGAUUUGGACGCUUUAAAGGAGAGGGUGAACGUGUUGAAAGCCCGACGCGGUGGCAGCCCGUCUACCAGAUCCACCCCUGCAUCCUGGAACCUCGACCCCUUUUCUUCUCAAGUGCGUCUGAACACGAAUGGUGAAACCAACGGGGACGAAGAAGAACUAAUCUUCCGAAUCGACAAAGACGAGUUGUUCGGUGGUAUGUCACGUAUGCGUAACAACCUCGCGCAGUUGUUCUACGUUGAGGGGGAUCAUAAACGGAGGUCCCUAAUCGUAGAUCUGCGAGAGCCGGUGUUUGGCCCUGUACCUGUAAUUCCGGGACUGCCUUUCCCUUCUACCUCGUCUACAUCCAGUUCCCCGCCCCCGCCCUCACCGCCAUCCCCGCCUUCACCUCCAACUCCACCCUCCACUGCCGCCUCCAUCCAACAAGCCACCUCCACACUCAACCCCACCCAACUCUCCGCCCUGCACAAAGUGCUUUCCGCCCAAGACUACGCUCUCAUCCUCGGUAUGCCAGGGACGGGCAAGACGACCGUCAUCGCUGCCCUCAUCCGUGUAUUGGUAGCGUUGGGUAAGACCGUCUUGCUGGCUAGCUACACGCAUUCGGCAGUCGACAGUAUUUUGCGGAAGUUGAGUGAGAGUGAAGAGGACGAGGAGAAAGGCCAGGUGACUGAGGAGGGGAAAGGUCGGGCGAAUGAGAAGAGGAAGAACUCUGGGUUCUGGGACGUGAAAGUGUUACGCCUAGGUAACAUCGAUAAAGUCCACCCGGAUGCACGCCGGUACACACUCGAAGCACGGCCUAAAGCUCAGACAGUGGCUGGACUGGAGAAGCAGUGGUUGUCACCCCCCGUGGUUGCUUCGACGUGCUUAGGCGUCGAUCACCCUAUAUUCACUAAACGCAAAUUCGACUACUGUAUAGUAGACGAAGCGUCACAAAUUACACUUCCAACAUGUCUCGGUCCCCUCCGCCACGCGGAUAAAUUCGUCCUCGUCGGAGACCACUUCCAACUCCCUCCUCUCGUCAAAAACCCCCAAGCCCGUACGGGUGGCCUCGACGUCUCCCUCUUCCGCCUCCUCUCCUCCGCACACCCUCAAAGCGUAACAGACCUGACGCACCAAUACCGCAUGAACGCCUCCAUCAUGCUGCUCUCCAACAAACUCAUCUAUGACGACCGCCUAAAAUGUGGGAGUGAGAGUGUGGCGGGGAGGAGGUUGGAGUUGCCCGAUGGUGGGAUGGCUGUGAGGAGGAUGCAUAGGCGGUUGGGUAGGAUGCGAAGGGUACAGGGGCUGGGAGAGCCAGGCGAUGACAGACUCUGUAAUGGAAAGAAUGAGAACGGAUGUUGGUUGAGUAAACUACUCGAUCCAUCCACCAAAGCAAUCUUCGUCGACACCUCGACCCUCGGUUCCGUCGCGUACGACUCCCGCGUAGGCGACCUGGUCCAAAACACGACUGAAGCUUCGCUCGUAGUCCAAUUCGUCGAGGCCCUGGUCAAAAGUGGUGUACGGCAGGACCAAGUCGGAGUGAUCUCGCUGUAUAGGCAACAGGUGAAGCUGUUGGGUGAGAAGUUGAAGAAUGUCAGGGGUAGUGGGCACGAGGGUGGCGUGGGUACUGGAGGAGGGUUGGAUGGAGUGGAAGUCCUGACAGCGGAUAAGAGUCAAGGACGAGACAAAGAUUGUAUUGUCGUUUCACUCGUGAGGUCGAACCCCGAGAACCAGAUCGGUGAACUCGUCAGAGACUGGCGCAGAAUGAACGUCUCCUUUACCCGCGCCCGGUCCAAACUUGUCAUCUUCGGGUCUCGUUCUACCCUUCAAAGUGACGCGCUUCUAUCUCAGUUCUUUGAGUUGAUGGAGGGGCAGGGGUGGGUGUAUGCGUUGCAGGAGGGGGCGGAGAGGUGCCAUGGGGAUUUGCCCUGGGAUGGGAACGCACAGGACACAGAGGCCGAGGUGGAGGAAGAAGAGUUGGAGGAUCCUGUUGACGAGGUUGUAUCGACUGGAGAACCGGACGUUGGGGACCAUACAGUCGUGGUCGACGACGAACUUGAACCGGCGAAGAAACCAUCGCCUCGAAAACGACCUGCACAAGCUAUGGAGGACGACGAUAACGAGGUCGUUGUGGUCGAUGCCAAGCCAAGGUCCAGUCCAACGAUAAUUGAUGUCGACCUUGAAGACGACGUGGAGGUAGUCUUGUCUACCAAGAUGGACGUGGACGACGAUGAUGAAAUCGAGGUCUUCGACGGGCCAACUCAUCGCCGCGCUGGUUCUUCCUCCCUUAGUCCGCGUAGCACCUCGAGAGUAUCGUCGGGUACUUCGACUCCUUCGACACUCGUUGGCUCAUCGGGGAUCUCCACCCCUUGUACACUGGUCGCUUCAUCUUCCGACCACACUCUAUCAUCCUCAGCUUCCGCGUCCUCUGCCGAAUCUACCCCCUCAACCUCAAAAGGGUCACGGUCCACGAAUGGUCUUCCUAGCGUGUUUAAGGGCGGGAAGAAGGGGAAGGAGAAAGAAAACCGUGUGGUUUCUAUGCCGGUUUCUUCUGCCUCGUCAAAGGACGCUUCGACUAAGACAAAGUCAACGUCGACAGGUUCGAAGACUUCUUCCACCAAGAAUACCCCGUCUAGCUCUUCUAGCAAGACAGCUUCAACAAUCAACCCUUCCGCUCCUCGAACCACCCAAUCCAAAUUGGAUGGAUGGUUCAAGCGUGGAGCCGCUGGAUCAACCUCAUCAUCCGCCAAACCCUCAACCUCUACUAACCAAGAUGAAUCUACGGAACGACCCAAGAAGAUGCCCAGGAUUCGAGGAGUCGCGAGUGACCCCUCCAUCACGGAGACCUCCACCAUGCCUAGUUCAAAGGCCAGAUCCAGCAAGAAAUCGACGAACGAGGAGAAGAAGUUGACUGGGCUGCUCAAGGGCCGGCCUAUCCUACAGGAUUUGGUCAAGAACGAGACGUGA